UAUCGGUCGAUGUUGGGCAAUCUCUGCAACAAGUACCCCAUCCCAGGUCGCUAUCGCAGCUUCGGCGCUAUUGCCUUCCUGGACGAGGAACGCACUUUGGUCGACUACGUGAUCGCCCUGGUGGACCUCCGCUCCUCGAAGCCGAGUGAACGCCAACUUCCGACGCCGGAGGUCGUCGAGAUGAUUGCGGACGAGUUGGAAUUCGAGGGGCCAGCUCGCGAGCCGCGCUGGUACAAGCUGGCCGACUUGGAUUAUUAUUGAUGAUCGCUGACCACUGGGGAGUAUACCAAUCGGUGGACCUUGUGCUUGUGAACCGUCGCCGCGGCAUGGAUACCAUCUGCCAUCUGCGUGUAUGCCAGAGUGUAUCACCCACAUCCAUG